AUGGGCACCCCCACCACAGUGCUCUUCAAGUUCCGCCCGGACGUCUCCGAAUCGCAAAAGGCCGCCUUCGUGCGCGAGCUCAAGACGCUGCGCCAUCUACCGUGCGUGCUGAACCAGCGGCUCAUCGUCGGCGGGCCGUCCAUCACGGAUCCCAUCGAGCGCAGCAAGGGGUACCAUUUCGCGCUGCUGAGCUUCCACCGCGACAGGGCGGCGCUGGAGGAGUACCAGGCGAGCGACGAGCAUCACAGGGUUACGAGCACGUACCUGUGGCCGUUCAGGGAGGACGUCACGAGGUUCGACUUUGAGGUGGACGCCGAGGACGAGCCCAUGUGUGAGUGGUUGGCGACAUCGGUCCUGAAGAGCGGGAUGGGCGCGGGCGUGGCACCUGCAUGA